AUGGCUCGAUCGAUCGCCAACGAUGAGUUACCUUUUUUCCUUAUCCCGGUAGCCUUAGGCGUGCGCUCGCGCCGCCAUCUCGUCUUGAUUCGACGUGUUGAGGCGCACAUAAAGGAAUUCCAAGAAUACAUCCAGUCUGCAGUCGGCGCUAAUCAGGAAGAUUGGACUACAUUCGACUGGUCAUAUGUUUUUGAGAAGACUUCGCUCGUCCAGCAAGCAGUGGAUGAACUGCUUGUCUACAUUACCCGCCGUCCGAGGUCAAGGAUCGCCUGCCGAUUGUCAGUCGUCAUCAGGCAGUUGCGGAUCUUAAAAGGGUUCCUCGAAGGAGAGCUACGUACAGUCACCAGAGAUGAUGGCGAAAGGGACGAGACGCCCAUCGACUAUAUUUUGUACAAGAAUUUUGUCUAA